GCCCUGACCAACGCCGUGGGCCACAUAGAUGACCUGCCUGGCGCCCUGUCCGCUCUGAGCGACCUGCACGCCUACAAGCUGCGUGUGGACCCCGUCAACUUCAAGCUCCUGAGCCACUGCCUGCUGGUGACUCUGGCCAGUCACCUCCCGUCUGAUUUCACCCCUGCUGUCCACGCCUCUCUGGACAAGUUCUUGGCCUCCGUGAGCACCGUGCUGACCUCCAAAUACCGUUAAGCUGGAGCCGCGGCGACCCUCGCCCGGGCUGGGGGCCCCUUUGCGCUCCGCGUACCGGCACUUCCUGAUCUUUGAAUAAAGUCUUAGUGGGCUGCA